UGAAUAAAAAGAAAUACGAACCGUUUCCUAUAUAUUUUGUGAGUCAGAAUCGACUUUGAAGACAAUUUUAUACUGCUUCAGUGAUAAGAAAAAUAUUUAUGACACGCACUUUAUGUAAUAGCUAGAUUCCAAACAACAUCGAUAAAAAUGUCUAAAUUGUGCCAAUGCAAUGUUGAAUUUAUGUCUAUGAAAUACUUAUGCAUUCAUUAAAAAUUAAAAUAUUACUGAACUAAUAUGAAAAUAGAAAAUAAAGUAACAUGCCAAAUCAACAUAAUACUGCGCCACAAAGCAACAUAAAAGGUCCCACCGAUUUUAAAUAUGGUGAUGCUGAUAUUUGUUCCAAGCGACGAAAGUGUAAGGACGGUAAUAGUAGGGAUAUUAGCUAUGCGGAAUUCUCGCAAAUCGCUAGAGAAUCAAGUUCAAAUAGUUCGUUUGAGGUAUUUUCUUCACAUGAUUUGAACUCUGAUUUUAAAGGAGGUCUGCUACUUAAUACCACGACCCCUACAUCAACAUCAUCGAAGCAAUCAUCACCAAAUGAAACAAGUAACGAAAAUUCCUGUUUUAUAACAACAAAGCCUUCACAAACAAGUAAAGGCUUUGAAAACACGUUUAAACUACUUCAAACACAAGUUGAAUGUAAUGCCAAAAAAGCUAUUAACGUUAUGCAGUCCUUCAAUAUGGAUACGUCGUCAUUAAGUAGUGGCUGCAGCUCAUUAGCUUCUAUUGGCGAAGCCGAGCUAGCGCCCACGCGUUUGGAACUGGAAUUGGAAGCUAUGGAAAGAGUACGCGUUCUAGCAGCACACAAUACUUGUUAUGAUAUAUCUCCGCGCUUUGUAACACUCCUAUGUGAUUUCGUCUCUAAAGGCCAGGGAAAAGGAAAUCUGGAAUGUGAUAGAAGUACACGAAAGGAUAUAUCACAAAAUAGUGCGCAAGACCUAAUAUAUCAUGCAGCUAGAAAUUCUGACGGGAGCAACUGCUUGAAAGUUGUAAGGACCUUAUAUUCAGUACCAGUUCUAUGUGGUAAUCGAGUAAGCCAAAUGACUCGGGCAUAUGAUGAUAUUGAAGCUGUGACGCGUUUGCUGGAGGAGAAAGAGAAGGAUUUGGAAUUGACAGUACAAAUCGGAAAGGAACUUUUGACGCAAAAUAAUGCGCUAGAAAACAGAAUCAUUGAGCUGGAAGCGGAUUUAAAAGCAUCCAACGAGGAUCGCGCACAACUCGUACAUGAACUACACAAGAAAAAUGAGUUGAUUGCAGUGCUAACAAAUGACUCUGAUGAGGGCAGCGAAAAUGAUACACCUACAUUUUCCAAAUCAAUUACUUUGGAUUUACUGCAAAAGAAGAUCGCUUCCCUGCAGGAUGAGAAUAAGUCCUUGAAACACGAAGCCAUACAACUUGCCUCGCAAACAGAUGAUGUUGAAGCUCAGGAACGCCAACUAAUGGAAGACAUCACAUUACAAUUGAACGAAGCUAACGGCCGUUACGACAGUAUGAAUCUGGAAUUGGAGCGUCAGCGGGAGGAAAAUCGCUUACAACAUGAACAAAUAAUAAGCUUGACAGCAAGGCUGUCCGAAGCCGAAAUGAGACUGCAUCAGUUAACGCACGAUAAUGACGAGCAUAUUACACUUCUAAAUAUAACAAAGGAAAAUCAAAACUCAUUAGCUGUGGAAUUGCUGGAAUUCAAACAGCGCUAUCAAGAGGUGUUGGCUCUACUGCAGGAGGCACAGGAGCAAUUGCGUAAUCAGCGCAAGAAAACAAUGCCACAAGCGCGCAGCUCGUUCAUUUCUAGUUCUGGCUUGUUGCCACCAGAGUCGUUACAGUGCGAGCUGAUGGAAUCUUCAAUGUAUUCGGAAAAUAGUCUCGACUCUGGUAUUUCGGGUGAUACACAGCGUGCCGAACGCAUGGGCCGUUUAAUGUCACAACUGCCUGGUAUAUAUGGAGGUGGUGCUGGUGCAGCUGGUUCGGCCUAUGCGCUGGGUGCUAUGCCUCCAUAUAAACGUGUUUUCGAAACAGUGCGUUGUGCAAGUAAAACUGGCAACUACAUGGAUAGUGGCAAUUCGUCGAUGACACAACUUGGUGCAAUGGCGAUGAGCAGUUCGGGUGGGCCGCGGAUGUCGGCGAUGCCGUAUCGUGGUGCUGCCUUCGACGACAAUAAUAUGGGCUUGAAGACCUUGUCGUGCGAAAGUCUGGCAUCACAAUCGGACGACGGCUAUCCGUCUGCACCAACCGGUGUGCCAGGUGCUCCGGGAGCUAAAGACUUAGAAGCGGCAUUAAAACGACUAACACCGGCAGAGGUGUUGGCGCGUCGUGCUAUGCUAACGUAUGCUCCACCUGGCACAUACAACUAUGAUGAACAGACAACGAGCACGAAUACACUUCCGCAAGGUAUACGCACGCCAGAUAGUAUUAUGUCGACAGGUUCGUCGGGCAUUUCGUCCACCAACAUGUCGGCAUCAAUGCAGCAAUGGCGUUUACCCGAAAAAUUGCAAAUUGUAAAGCCGAUUGAAGGUUCUCAAACACUGCAUCAUUGGUCACGAUUGGCAACGCCAACAUUGAGUGGCUUGCUGGAGGAGCGACCGGGUGUAACCAUACGAGGCGGCCGUGGUUUAGAUGAUUUGGGAAUGCAAGUAUAUACACUUUCCGAUGUGGAGGAAGAUGUGAGCGAUGACUUGCCUGGCAAACAAUUUGAAGCUUCUGGCUGUACAUUUACCUAUACAACGAGCAUGGUAAUGCAUCCCGAUGACGGUCUCAAUGAUCUGUCGUUUUUGUCACAGUCACAAUUAUCAUCACGCAUGGCUUCGGCAUCGACUUCGCGACAACCCAGCUGUCCACCCACACCACGCGGCGGAUUGUCACGCAAGAAUUCCUGUUCGACGUUUUCGGUUAAUUUAGGUUUGGCUUCGAUGUUAAAUGAACGCGGCAUUAAGGCUGUGACGCCAAGUGCACUAAACACUCCAGCUGGACCAAACUUUUCACCAACUGUCACACCCUGCAAUAGUCCAGAGGGUUCACCUCCACGUUCCUCCUCACCUGAGCCACUGUUCGGUAUUCUAUCGACAGGUGCAGAUUUAAUUAGACGCAAAUUAAUCGGCGACAUCGAACGGCCCAAUCGUAAUCAGGCUCAACAAAAGCAAAAAAUUAUGCUAUCGCGUUUGGAAAGGCGUGCUCUGCGCUCACUAAAGCUGGUCGAGAAAGUCGAGAGUAUUGGUCUGGAGAACAUUAUUGUCGCACAGCCAAAUUCUAUGUCGCAGUUGGCUAGUGGCAUAGCGAGCCGUAGCUCCAGUCCCAUGGCACAAUUAAUUAGCCUUAAGAAUCUGCAUACUUGCGCCAACAAUGUAGUCGACGACAUACACUUCGAUCGUGAUCAAAUAAAAACUGUGCUGCAUAAAGGCCUUAACACGCCAACUAAAACUGUGAGCGGGCGCGAUGAAGAGUGUCAUUUCGUCAAUAUAACAACAGAGCCAACAGCAACAUCAUGUGGAUUAAGCACAGCAAGAACUAUUAAAGACGAUGGGGAGGAGCCCUCAACGAGAAUGGGAGUAUCACAAAAUACGGCAGCCGCCGUAGCAACAACAACGUCCACGAGUACAACAGAGUCUCGUAUAAAGCAAUUACAGCGACAAAAAUCACGUCGCAAUCUUAAAAAUGGUAUUGCCGGUCAGCGACCAGAUUUGGGUACGAUAGGUAGUGGUAAUGGUGGUGCCAGCGGAGGUAAUGGACGUGUACGUCCCGAUCUAGGAAAAGUGUCUUCAACAGCAUCAACGUCUGUAGCAAAAAAUGAAACUGCAGCGCAAGCGGCAACAAAAGAGAGUGGUGCUCGGCCGAAGAAAAGGCACAGCGACAGCAGUAGUGGGGGCGACAGCGCGCAAAAAGUACGAGAACCGCGAGAAUCACAAAGUAUAACACAAGCAUUUGUCGGAAGUGUGAGUUCUUUACUAUUUGGGCGCAAAGGUGGUUGGCUGUAGAGCUAGAAUGCCUGCACUUAUUUCACUAAAUGUGGUUAUUUCAGUAUGAAUAUAAUACAAAAAAAAAAAUCACUACAUAUUUUAGUUUGAUAGCGUUUGAACGAAACAAAUAAUGAUGAAUAAUAAUGACAAGAGCCGAUAGUGGUGCAGUAUUGCACCGCCCAAAGAGACAAAAAUUAUUAAAUAACUAGUGAAAAGGAAAAAUGCACACACAUUAAUACAUUACGAUGUAAAUCUUAUACGAUAUUAAAGCGCUAAUAUCAAGUUGACGGUGAUAAUAACGACCAUGUGUAUGUUUAUAAAAAUUUAUUGCAACGAUAGUGAAGAUGUAACAAAAUGCUAAGGCUAAUAAUAAUAAUUUUAUGGUGCACAUAAUUACAGAGCAUUUUAUAGUGUUAUACCAAUACAAAUGUAUUUACAAUGAAAAAGGGUAAUAUUUCCACUAAUUGCUUAUCUCUUCGCAACAAUAGCAUAGCUACCAGUAUAAAAUGCAUUAUUGAAUAAGUAACGUACAAUAGUAGCAAAGCAAUCCGAUUCGUAUAAUUUUCUUUACUUUAAUUUUAUUAUUUAACAAACUUGAAGUAUUUAUUUUACAUUUUGAUCUGAUUUUUAUUUUUGUUUUAGUUUUUGUUAAAAGCAUUAGAAUUGAAUUUUAAUUUAAUUAACUUUGAAACCGAAACAUUCACAUGGCUUAGCAACGAAUAUGCUAAGGAACUUAGUACUGCCUUUAUAAGCUCACUUUUUACACGGCUUAAUUUUAAAGUUACGCUUUUCCGCAGCAGAUUUUUCUUAACAUAUUAUAACUUGACCGUAUACGCUAAUUUUGUUGGUUUCUAAAAUUUUGGAAAGUGCCCAUAUACAUAUACAUAUGUACAUAUGUAUAUCUUUAACUAAAAUUUAACAAGGUGGUUAGUGGGAAAUGGUACACACGAAUAGUAAAAACUCCUUUUUAACGGAAUUCCUUGCUGAAAGUAUGAAACUUGAAACGUGAAAUCAAGGGUUUCAAGAUUAUCAAUGCUUUCUUCGAACUCAAGAGAGUUUCUCUAUUGUAAUAGCGCUACCAUAGCGUUUUUGCAUGCUGGUAUUUAACAAAGGCAUCGAUGAUUUCAAUAUCAAAGUACCACAGACAUGUAUUAAAAAAAAUUAUUGUAUUUAUUUUAUUAUUAUGAAAAUAAAAAUGAUUUUAAGUGUUAAAAAAAAUGUACUACAACGGAUUCUUAUUCGUAUAAUACAAUUAAAAGUUAUUUGAAGACUUUGAAGCAAAUACGAAACGUGGAAAACUCGAGACUCGGAAGGGUAUUCAUAGAAAUUUUAACAAUUUAGCAAAACUCUAGAAGUUUUAUUGGUCCUAUUCAAGUAUAACUUGAAAACAAAAACAGAAGCUCCAAAAAUUAUUUCCUAUAAAGUUUGACAAAUCAUUAAAAAUUGUUCGACUCGGGCGGCUUUCGUGGAUUUUUUAUUUUAUUCGGGGUUUUCAUUGAAUUAUAAAAGACUAAUUAUUAUUUUUCUUAAAAAAUUUGAUAAUUAAAAAAUUAAAUUUCGAUAAUUUUCAGUGGGGCAUGUUCGGGUGAAAAAGAUAUUCGAAAAAAAAACGAAAAACAUCAAUAAAAAUAAACAAAUUUACACUCGGUAAAAGUUUUGAUAAAAUCUAUCGGUUUUCACCUCUUUUGAAUUUAUUAAGGGAUUUGAAGGAUAUCGCAAACUUAAGAAAAAAAUUCAAGCUCAAAAUUUCGACGAUUUCCCCAAAAUUUUAAGACUCCCGUACUUGAAAAAUAAAACCAAAAAAUAAAAACAAAAAUACAAACUAUUGGAAAAAAAUUAACUCAAGGGGGUGUACCCUGUAUUGCGAUUCGAAAAGCUAAUCAUUCGGUUUCGAAGACUCAGCACUAUGACUUUAUUAGAUCGUGUCGCCUAGGUUUUUGAGUUAAAAACGAACAUCUCAAAACUUGAAGAAAAACAGAGAAUUUUGAUUUUUCUAUUUCAUAAAAUGUUUUCGAUUGGGUAAAAAUUUCUUACCUCGAAAACUCGUUAAGCACUUUGCUUAAACAUUUUGGAAAUUCCGCGAAACAUUGGGCCGUAUGCAUAAAACCUAAGCAAAUGCCUUUUCUUAAAAUUUCAGACCUUUUGCUCGAUUUUUUCAAACAAAUUUAAGUAAAAGCUAUGAAAUUUUAACUGAAAGCAAUUGCUUAUUUUUUAUGCAUACGGCCCAUUGAAAGUCUUUGAAUCUUGGGCUUAUAAAGGGGUUUUUUGAAACUAUAUAUAAACUCCCAAUUACAGAUUUUUGAAAAAAUUUUUCCAUGUCAAAAACGAAUAUAUUUUUGGUUUUUUGUUCCCACGUUUCGCCUACAAUUUUGAGACUAUCUCUUAUUUGAAAAAGAAAACGGAAAACAAAAAAUGCAUACAAGUUAUUACAAAAAAAGUAAAUUUAGAUACAAUCCGAGUUUUCGGGGUAUUUUUGUGUUAAACAUUUUUUUGAUUUUAGUCUUGCGUUUAUUGAGGGAUUCUAUGAAACUUGAAAUGAACACCAAAUUCCAUAUUUUUCUAAACAAAAAAUUUUAGACUCGUGGUUUCAGAAGCAUUUUCGGGUUUAUUAGGGGGACUCCCUUGAACUUAAAAAAAAGAAAUGCUAAAUUCGAAAACAUGUAUAUUUUCACACACAAUUGGACACCACAGUGAAGUUUGGUGUUUGUAUGUAUGCACGUAUGUGCAAGUCUUUCCUUAUGAAUUCAGCUAUAUUUUUUGCUUUAUAUUUUCUUUGUUUUUCUGUUUUCAUUCAGGUUCAAAUAAUAUAAACACAAAUCGGCAUUUAGUAUGUGUUUCCUUAUAGGAUAUUUAUGCCAGACUUUUUCUGCGUAGUUAGUUCCUUUUAUGAAUGCGCUUUUAUGUUUUUUAAGUUUAGCAUAUAAUUUCAUAAACUUCAUUUUAGUUUAAGCAUUAUAACAUAUUGCGAAAUACAUACAUACAUUUACUUAUAUAAAUUGUUUAAAGCUUAUAGUUAAACAAAAAAUAAAUAAUUGCAUUGGUUAAAAAGCUCACCAAUUUGAAUGUAACUACUAUGUAUAAAGCUGUAUGCCUAUAAUUAUACUUAACUUUGCUUGUAUAAUUUUCACUUAUUCGUUUCAAUUGUCACAAACCAAUUUUUCGGACAUUGCUACUUUUUCCUUUAUAAUUUCUAGUCUACUUCCGCUUCCUUAUAUUUAGCUCUUCUCUUUCUUCGCUAUUCGUUGUCAAAAAAUAAAAAUACUUAACCGAUUUAGCACUUAGUUUGUAAAUGAAACAAUGUGAUGUAAAUAAAAAAACAUAUUAUAUUAUUUCUCUCCAGACUAUAGACAAUAGUAUAGUUUGGUUGACGAAUGUGCAUAAGAGCAGAGCGGCGGUCGGUCAUAGCGCAUUUCAAAUACACCCACAAUACACUUAUUACAAGCAAAUAAUUACACUAAAUUUAAGCGUGCAAACAAAUUAACAAAAAAAAAAAACAUAACAAAACUGCUGCAAAACUAGUAAUGAAUUGCAUAAAAAUUGUGCUAACGCAUGUUAGUGCCUGUUCCACGUACAUACUUAUUCAUACAUGAAUGUAUGUAUGUAUGUUCACGACAGCAUUAAAUAUCUCCAUUAAUACAUACAUAUAUCACUUGUGAUAGGUUUUGUUCAUUUCAGUAAGUGCAUUGUUUUUUGCUUAAAUAAAAAGAUAACAUAAAAAAAAUAAAACAAAUAGAUGCUUGUGUUGUUACAUUGUUUUUUCACCAUUAUUACCUAAAUAUAUGGCCAGGGAUCACACAUUGCAUAUGUAUGUAGAAAUACUUUAUUUUCCUAAAAAGGAGUGUUUAAUUAGUAAAAGAUUGGUGCGUAAAGGUAAAAAAUUAAGAAAAAAAAACGCAUGUCGACGCUUGGCGCGCGUUACCUCGUAUCCGCCAAAUGAAAUACCAUGUAUGAGGUGGCAUAGAAAAACAUUUAUUUUGGUUACCCUGUCUCAAUGCUUCCCUACUUCACAAACCUACUUGAGAAACCAUUCAAAAGUUCUGAAGAAAAUAAGUUUCUUCGCUCCUAUGUGAAAUUUUCUGACUAUCUUAUACGCGGUAUUUCAUUUGGCGGAUACGAGGUAUUGUGCGCCAAGCAAUGAUGUUUGUAUUUACGAAAGCACCUUAAUUAUAUGCGCCUUAACGGUCAUUAGCAAAAACAAAAAAAAAA